CCUUCCUUUACCACCAUUUCCUUCUACACGAUUGAACCAGAGGGACUCGAAGUAAAAUUUGCCCGGAAGUUUUAAUUGUUCUAAACUUCUAAUCCCAAACCCACUCCAAUUAAUUUUAAACCAGCCCAGCAGAUCCAUCAAAAGAAGAAUAAAAAAAAAAAAGGCGCAAUGAACAAAUUGGAGUUGCUCUAACUCGAAUUACCGCGAAACUCGCCGGAGUUGCUCGUCGACCCCGCGAUUUCUAGGUUCCGAUCUACGACGGCGCGAUUAAUAAAAUAGGACCCAAAGACCUUACUUACAAGUAAUGUCAGUUCCGGACGAGGAUAAUUUAUCGUCCUCGCAGUCUCAGAUUUCAUCUCACUUUUUCUCCGAUCUCCUUGAUUCCAUUAUAGUUGAUGUGGCAUCAGAGUGUCAUAGAAUAGCCAAGCUGGGGCUUGAUGCUAAUUUGGAUGAAGAAGACGAAGAAUUGAAGUUGUCAGCACAAGCCAGGGCUAGAUUGGCUGAUCCUAGUAAUAGUAAUGAAGCAAAUGGCAAGUAUGUGGUUGACAUAUUCGGACAAACUCAUCCCACCGUAGCAAAUGAAAUAUUCCAAUGCAUGAAUUGUAACCGGUCGAUCGUGGCAGGGAAGUUUGCUCCUCAUUUAGAAAAGUGCAUGGGGAAGGGUAGGAAGGCUCGAUUGAAGGUAACAAGGAGCAGUUCAGGGUCAGGCGCACAGAACCGGCAUUCACGAGGCAGUUCUGCUUCCAGAUAUUCAAAUCAAUCUAGCAACAAUAGUAGCGUGAAUCGGUCGGCAAAUGGAAACCCUAGUUUUGCAGGUGAUGAGCACUCAAAUGGAUCAACUCAGCCAUGAACUAGUGUGAUGUAUGAAGCUUUUUUUGCUGGGAGAACCUAUCAAUAUGUGUAUUUGAAUAUAGUAUUUCUCUAUCAAUUUUGACAUAAAGUCAGCCUUUGCUUUUAUCUGUGUAUACAUCAACGAUGUUGCCUAGCUUUGGAGUUUCAUAGAAGAAUAACAUUUUGUUGUACAAUGAGUUCCAUUGUAAUUUUGUUGAUCACAUUCCUAUUCCAACGUACUCCUCCCUUGAGGGGAAAAAGUGCAAUAUUAAUGAUCGAUUUAUAGAACCAUUUAAUUUGUAUAACUUUC